CAUAAGUCGAGCUUCAAAUUCGUUUGUACUAUCAACUGUUUGUACCGGUAUUGUCAAGCGUCCUCGCACAUCGUAGUGUAAGAAAUAAAUUCUUGUGAUAAAAACUUUGGACAAAAGCAUUCAAAAUGAUAUUACAGUGCAUUUAAUAGUCUUCGUUUUAUCUACUCGUGAUUUACUGCCUCACAGCAUGAACUUUUCAGUACGGUACGUACCAUUCAUGAUUUUUGCAGUCUUGUUGCGUUGGUAGCGUUUGAGUACGAGUAAAAUAAGCAAGGCAAUUUCCAUAGUAGACUGGAACAACGGCCAGAAAAUUCCCUGUUCGCUCCGAAAAAUCGAAUCACGAAAAAAUGAUUAAAACAAAGAAAAACAUAAUACAGCACGUACCAUCCAAUCCAGUGACAUCAUAUUGGAAAUCAAAGCCGAACCCAUCAACUGAAGGUGAUCGUGAGGUUAGAUGAGUUUUUUUCGACAACGCCCAACUGAUUCUCCGAUAACCAGUAUGACGGGACAUGUUUACGGAGGAUAGCAAGCAUCAUACCGGCAUGAAAGAUUGGUGCUCCACUGGUGAAUGAUAAUGCCAACGACAACGGUGUGGUGACGAUGUUCCAUCGUAUUGGCCUUCUAUUGAAAGAGUAAAUUACGACCAGAACCGAGCACUGAAAUGCUGUUGCAGCGCUGGCCUUUGGAUUUCGAUUUCCAUUCAACCAUUGCGUAUCACACCACAUAUUGCACUGUCCUGUAGAACUUCACUUGUUCCUAUCCAACCAAGUCGUUCACUAUUUCUUCAAUCCCCGAUUAGAAGCAAAACCUACGGUACGGUAGCACAAAGGAAAUGAAUGUGGCGGAUUGGUGUGUUCCAAGGAGAAUUGAUUAAUAAUUUUUACCUGGGGCUUAGAUGGAAUUGAAUUUUUUUAUUCGACAGUACUCUUAUUUUCGAUGACUGUUUUCAUGACAUGGUUUGAAAUACAGAAGAAGAAGAAGUAUAUUACGAACCACCUGCGUGACAACGAUUCUCUUUUCAUAAUUCCUUUCGAAAAUUCAAUAGUGCCUUCUUUUUCCAAAAUGUCAUGAUAAAAAUUAUACAUCUCUUGUUCUUCCGAACUUUCUACUUUUCUGGGGAAAAAGGCUUCUUGAUUGAUCUUCGACAUUUUGGCUAUGGUUCGAUGAUGUUCAAAUUUUUUAGUGAAUGGUUAAGUUUUUUUAAGAGAGCUUUGGGGAACGUUUUUAUUUCCUAGACGCCGAAACAUUCCUAAACCAUACAAUAAAAGCAAUUGCCUGGUUAAAAGUACGAUAAAUUUCUUCUUCUAUCGUGACAAUAAAAGUACUAAAAUUACCUUGUCAAUGAAAGAAAAAAAGAGGAGCAUUUAUGAGAAACUAAACUAAAGUGAUUGCCAACCAAGUUGCAAAGCACUGAGCUCAAGAGAAGCAGCAUAAUCAUGUUUGAAUUCGUUGCUUCUGUUGCUCCUUUUUUAGCAGUUGUUAUUGCAUGCCAAGUGGUCUCUGCUGCGUCUUCGUCUGUUCAUCAUUUCGUACGCAAAGGUGAGCGCGGCGGUAAGAAAUACCUGCCACCAAAAACAGAAUGCGUCCUGUAUCUCAAGCAAAUCCAAUGGGAAGAUGGCCACGAUACCCGUUCUUGGCACUGUGAAUUUCCUCUUGGGCAAGCUGCAGAGUAUACCGGUGGCAACGAAAUGGUGGAGAUCAAGGGCAUUUCUUCUAAAGAGAUUGAGCGCAUGGGGCCAGUAUCGGGGGAGUCCUUGAUGAUUGUAGACGAGAAGACGUACAUCAGUGAAAUAGAUACCACCGACAACGGCAGCUAUGAGAAUGAAAACGGCAGUUACAAUCGCUCCGCAGAUCAAGCUACCACCCUGUACAUCCCACCCAAGUCAGACUACAAAAUUGAAAGCAUGGAUUGGGAAAUCGAUACCAGGCACGCCAGAAACCGAAGGGCCCGGCGGCAACGCCAACGGAAUCUCGCUUCGUCCGAAAUCAGGAUCCUGGACACGUUGGUGAUACGAGUCAUCGACGGCGAAAAGGUUGGUCCGGCCGCCGACGCCAAGCAGCUCACAAACGAUGUUUUCACUGGCGAAUUUUGCCUCAAAUCUCAAUACGCUGCUUGUUCUCACGACCAGGUCAUUGUAAAUCCUGUCCAAGAGCAUGGAACUACCAUCGAUGGAUUGUAUUAUCCGGGCAUUGUCAAUGUGGGGGUCAGCAAUGUAGCAACCCAGGGCAACAAUCCAAACAUCGAAGCUGAGGCCACUGUGAUUACGACGACCAUGUUCGGUGGUGGAGACUCUCUUGGUAAUCUUUUUGAUAUCGUUAUGUUUUGCCUACCAGGAGGCACGGGGAAUUGGGUCGCUUACGCAUAUAUAAACGAUUGGAGAUCGUAUUAUAAUGACUUUUGGUGCCAGCGUGUUUCGACACAGAUGCACGAAGUCGGUCACAACCUGAAUCUUGGCCAUUCCGGACUUCCGGGCAAUAGCGAGUACGCCGACACGUCUGGGAUGAUGGGGUAUUCCCACGACGAGUUGAACGGACCAAAGCAGUGCUUCAACCCGGCCAAGAGUUAUCAGUUGGGAUGGUACUCUUCGCAAGUGAAGAGCAUUGAUCCUCUGGAUCUGCUCAUCGGACGUGACAGUCCGCUGCAAUACACUUUGAAUGGAGUGGCCGAUUACGCAAAGGACGGAUCGAAUGGAGAUGCACUCGUAUCCCUUCGGCUGGAAAACGAUGGCCUCCUCGGUGGUCUUGACUACUACAUCGGAUAUAAUCGCGCCGUCGGUGCCAAUGUUGGAACCAAAGACGUUCCCAAUCUUGUAACCAUUCAUGCAAAGGAAAAUAGUCAAAAUGAUUCUUACGGUCGGGACGGACACGGCAAAUCAAUCCGCCUAGCUAGAUUGAGGUCAGGGAGUUCUUAUGUGCUUGAAAAUUUCAAGGGGACCAACUUUGAUAUCACCGUUACGGCCAAGUCUAUCAAUGGCAAGGAUGCCAUCGUAGAGAUUUCUACCGUUAGUAACGUACAACCAACAGCAGCUCCGAGCAAAAUGUAUUGCGACGGUGGUAAAACCUUCAGAGUAAUAUUACAGACAGACGAGUACGGAGAGGAAACGAUAAUGAUGCUUAAAAACAUAGACAUCGAUAAGGAAAUCGAACGGACUGAGGGGUACUUGGGCGACACACUGUAUGGAUUUCCCAGCUCAGGAUCCGCAUUUUGCCUACAACCAGGUUGCUACGAGUUCAAAAUCUUCGACAAAGAGGAUGAUGGAAUUUGUUGCAACUAUGGAAAUGGCUACUAUAAGGGGUUUGUUGAGGAUACCCAAAUCUUCGAGGGUGCACAAUUUCGGACGACCAUGGCCCACGAAUUUUGCAUAGAAAACCAGCUCUCCCUUACUCCAAGACCAACACAAACACCUUCAGCGUUCACAUCACCAACUCCAACACAAAUAGGUGGUAUCUUUAACGAGCCUAUCGAGGAGACUACACCACCCCCUGUCGAUGAGCCCACACUGACGCCUACAUUGUCAAUCUUUCCACCUCUAAUUCAACCAACUCAACGACCCGUCUUAUUUCCACAACCAACCACGCAGCCAACGAAUACACCGACCGCAUUGCCCUCUAAAAUAGCAUCAGACCCUCCAAGUAGUCUACCAACAGAAUUGAAAACGAGUGAUGUGCCUUUGACCAGUCGGCCCACUCCAGCAAUGACUGGAUCGCCAUCCAAUUUCAUGACCGAGGUGCCUAUAACAAGGCGACCUACUCAAGCAUUGACUGCAUCGCCAUCCGAUAGCACAACCGAGCCGCCAAGUAGUCUACCAACAGAAUUGAAAACGAGUGAUGUGCCUAUAACCAGUCGGCCCUCUCCCGCAAUGACCGGAUCACCAUCUGAUACCAUAACAGAUCCGCCGAGUAGUCUGCCAACAGAAUCGAAAACAAGCGACGUGCCAAUCACCAGUCGGCCCUCUCCAGCGGUGACCGAAUCCCCAUCCGAUACCGUAACCGAGCCACCAAGCAAUGUACCGACCGAGUUUCCUCCCGAUAUCCCAACUGAUCCACCCACCAAUGAACCAACAAAUAAGCCAACUCUGCCAACAGAAUGCUUGGACGACCCAGAAUUUAAAUGGAAGCGAAAGAAGAAACGAAGCUGUAAGUGGAUUAAGAGAAGGAAAAUUACCAAACGGAUUUGCAAAAGUAAAGCUUUUAAGACAUCGAAAAAAAGAGUUUGGAAUUAUUGCAGGAAAACGUGUGGCAAGCUUGGACUAGGUCCUGGAAAGGUCUGCUACAAAAACAAAAAAGAGUCUGGUGAUUCGACAAUAGUGUUGUGACGAAACACACGCGCAGAUAGUACAUUUUGCAUCAGAGGAAUACAGCAUGAUGCGAUUGAAACAUGUCUUCAGGAAACUCUAGAAUAUCUUGCAUCACGAUAUGCAUCCAGGCUUUCUUAGAACAAAUAAUGCAAACUUUGUUAUUUGGGUUAGAUGAGUUGCUGAAAGUCGAAUUAAAAAUGCAUUCCAAGUGUACCUUACCAUUGCAAUGUGCGUCCAGAAAAUCAUAGAUCAAGCGGGGGCAGAAUUCUCGCUAUAUGAAAAAUGUAUCCACCGUGAAUGGGUAUAUACUACUUCUACCAUCAAUUGCGCUUUUCUUCCAGGAAGACAUAAGCACCAAUUGCUGCAGCGACACUUACCUCUCUUGAAUUGACGUAUCCAUCCAACAAAUGAAGUCUGAAGAUUGUUGUGACUACCGCAAGAAAACAAAUCAUGAUUAUGAUGUUGCAUCAAGGCUGCAAUUUGCAUUGAACAACCAACGCGCACAAAAUCAAAUUCUACAGAACUAAAUUCAUUUGUGAAUCAAGGCAAUCAAUAUUAAAAAGUAUAACAUCUG